CUAAUAGCAUCCCACAAUGCACUGCGCUUACCACACUGUAGCUGUUUCCAUAGAGAUACGGCUGUCUUUUGCAAGGGCUGUCAGGAUGUUACAAGGAUAAAAGUGUUAACCAGCACAAUAAAAGAUGUCCCAGUUAUCAGCUGAAGAUGAGGAGGAGUUGCAAUCCCUCCUCAAGGAGCUCCUGAAGAGCAUCAGUGAUAAGAUCUCUGCUGCACCAUCCACUGAAUGUGCUGAAGAGAUCCUCCUUCACCUAGAGGAGACUGACAAAAACUUCCACAAUUAUGAGUUUGUCAAGUACCUCCGUCAGUAUGUAGAGAGGUCUCUGGGGUCUGCAGUGGAGGAAGAGCUAAAGAACACAACCAGGGGAGAAGGACAGCAUGCGGUCGGCUCAGGACACGACACCUUAAUUCACGCAGUGACUCGGAGAACUGGAGACUCUGCUGAAUACCAGCAGAUGAUACAGACUUUAAAAAACACAAUGAUUGUGGUUGUGGAGUCUCUAAUCAACAAGUUUGAGGAGGACCAGCUGAGGAAGGAGGAGAUGCACCGAGAGACGGACCCCAGUCAGUCCAACAUCCAGUACCAGUACACAGAUAACUGCUCAGACAGCGACUCCUCCUUCCACCAGAGUUAUGUGUUUCUCAGACGAGAGCAGCUGCAGGUUUUGGCUGAAAAACUUGACUCCAGCAAACCCAAAGAGGUACGUUUUGAGGCUCUGAGGGCUCUCUGCUGCGCUCCUCCAUCGGAUGUUCUGAGCUGUGAGAGCUGGAGCGUCCUGCGUAGGAACCUCUGUGCAGCUCUGGUGGAACCUGACCUCAGUGAACAUGUGCUGCAGUUUUUUGCUAAAAGCUUCUCUUCAUCUCCGCUGAAUGUAACACGAGAGAUCUACACCAGCUUGGCAAAAAACGUGGAGUCGACCUUUCUGACUCUCAAGCUGAGCUUUCCGAGUGGCUCGGCUGCCGUCGACAUCAACAGUCCUCAGAUCAGCCGCCUUCUCAAACAGAUUCGAUUAAUGAACGACUUUCAGAAGGAGGUGACGACCUUCUGGAUUCGCCACCCUGAGAAAUACAUGGAAGAGAUCAUAGAGAGCACUUUCUCCCUGCUGUCCUUCCAUCAUGAUCGUGGCUCUGAGAAAACACUGGAACCAGUCCACUUGCUGGCCUUACUGGACAUUAAAGCUACGUGGUUUAAUAAAUGGAUGCAUGGCUACUACAGCAGGACGGUGGUCCUCAAGCUGCUGGAGAGGAAGUACAAGCCUCUGGUGGUAGCGGCUCUUCAGCAGUGUGUGAGUUAUAGUGAAUCCUGCGAAUGUUUCACAGGCGAGACUGCUGAUCCUCAUCCAGAGAAACACAAACCUGGUGCCUCCCAGAGGAGCGUCUAUUCCAGAAAGGAGCUGGAGUAUUCCUUCUUUGUGCACUCUGUGUGUGUCCUGGGUAAACUCAUCAUCUACACUCAUGGAAGAAAGCUUUUCCCCAUCAAAACCAGGAAGCACAAAGAUCCAAUAACGCUGACUAACCUGGUCGUCAUCUUCAUUAACAUCAUGUACCGACACCCACGACCUGCUCACGGUGACACCUCACACACAGACCCGCUGUCGCCCAGCUGCUUGGUGAUGGAGGUCCUGUGGAUGCUGUGUGAACGGACAGAAUGUGCUGCUGAAUGUCUCCAUCAGACUCCCGUCACUGAAACUCUGCUGGCUCCUGUCAUCGCUCUGCUCAGCGGACAGCAGACUAAACUGAAGUGUCCUGAAGCGACUCUGAUUCUCAUCGCUGAUAUUUUAGCUCGCAUCGCAAACACUGACGGUGGAUUGGCUCUUCUCCUGUAUGAGACGAGUCUUGUCUUCCGUAAUGAGAGAACCUCUGCUGCUCAUGUCAUCGUCCAGUUCACCUUGAGGCUGUUGGACAGAUCGCUGCCGUCGCUGAGGGGAUCAGAUGCGUUAUGUGGAGCGUUCAUCUUUGUCUGCAGGCAGAUGUACAACACCUGUGAGGGUCUGCAGGUCCUGAGAUCAUAUGAUCUGCACAAAGCCUUAUCUGCUGCAUGGAAACAGACAAGAUCUUUAUCAGAAGGGGUUCCAACUCCAGUGUCCGGAACGUCCACCCAGGAAACGCAGAGCACGCUCAUCUGGGAGGAGACGUUGUUGGACAGCCUGCUGAACUUUGCUGCCACUCCUAAAGGCCUGCUGCUGCUCCAGCAGACAGGAGCCCUCAAUGAAUGCAUCUCCUACAUGUUCUCUCGCUUCACCCAAAAACUACAGGUGAGUCGCUGUGAGAAGUUUGGAUACGGAGUGAUGGUCACACAGCUGGCAGCGACGGCUCCAGGCAUUGUGGCUCUGCAGAGAUCAGGUUUUGUCCAGGUGCUGAUGGUAGAGCUGUGGUCAUUUCUCGAAUGUGGCUGUGAUGAUGUCAGAGUUGUUCGUCCCAGAUCGACACCAAUGGACCCCAUAGACAUGAGCUGCCUCAAGUCCUUCCUGUCUUUGGUCAACCUCCUGUCGUCCUCCCAGUCGGUGUGGGAGCUUCUGGGACGACAGCCUUUAGCCAACAAGAGCGAAUACACCCUGAGAGAGACUCCAUCUUCCAUUCCAGAUCUGAUUGACAGGCUGAUCGCUGUGAAUUCAGAUGUGAAGAUCCAUUCCCUGUUCCACUAUGAGCAGUCUCACACAUUCGGCCUGAGACUGCUCAGUGUGCUCUGCUGCUGUCUGGACUCCUUCCUGCUGCUGGAGAGCCAAUAUAACAUCUGCUCCAUGCUGCUGCAGAACCAGAGGGGGAACGUCUCUGACCAGGACGCCAGCGAAGGAGCGAUCAUCAUAGACGGUCUGUCUGUGGAGAGGAAUCACGUGUUGGUCCGUGUUAGCGUGGUGGGAGGCCCGUCUGAGAGGAGGCUUCCUCCUCGAGCCCUGGAGGAGGGAGAGCAUCCUUACCCCUGGCCGAUGUUCGUCAGCCAGCACCUCCCUCUCUGCUACGUUGUGAGUCCACAGGACUUCCACGACGACUCACAGGACUGUGAGAUCGGUGCUUUUCUGGCUUCAUCAAGCGAACCAAACAGCGAAGACAAUUGGUUGGAAGUCUGCCGGAAAAAGUUCUGCAAAGCACUGCUAUCAAAACCAAACACGCUAACUGGCGGUGUGCUGGCUGACCUUCUGGAGGAAGCCGUGUCUCGUCUGUCCAGCUCUGCAUCAGAAUGCUUCUUCUCUGCAGCUCGGUACAAAGGAGACGAGAACCUGGAGAACGUUGUUCUGUCGCCUGUGGAGCUGCUAGGAAUCGACGUCUGUGUCAGGUACGGCUGCUACCUUGAGCUGCUGAAGGCGGACGCCACAAAGGACCUGACCUUAUUGAUGAAGCACAUCAAGACCUUCUUGUCCACGCAAAGAAUCACGUCAUCAUCACCACUCGUCGGGCAGCAGCACGGGUAUCUUGGUCACGACUGGCUGGCCUCCACCGUUUUUCUCAUCAUGGCAGGAAACACGGAGCGCUCCUGGAAUCUGUUACUCGGCCUCUCCUCUCUGCUCACGUCUGCGUUCAUCUGGCCCGCAAGGACACACGCAUCUGUCCAGUUUCCUCAGGAAGUGGCUGAAUCAGGGAUGGGUCCGGUUUACUGGACCACUGCUCACUAUGUGGAGAUGCUGCUGAAAGCCGAGGUCCCUCUGGUCCAUUCUGCCUUCAGGAUGUCUGGAUUCACUCCCUCACAGAUGUGCCUCCACUGGCUGACUCAGUGCUUCUGGAACUACCUGGACUGGACAGAGAUCUGCCACUACAUCUGUACCUGUGUGCUGAUGGGUCCAGAUUACCAGGUUUACCUGUGCGUGGCCGUGCUCAAACACCUGCAGCCAGACAUCCUGCAGCACACUCAGUCACAGGAGCUGCAGGUCUUCCUGAAGGUCAGCCUCAGUCCGGCAUGGUUUUAUGAGGAGCCGAUCUCGGGCUUCAGGUUCAGCAACUACCUGGAGUUCAUGAUGGGACUGGAGCGCCGCUACAGGGACCUGGUUCUGACCGACAUGAGACACAUCCAGAACCCCUCAGAGUAAAGGAACCUUUCAUCCGUCUGUUCUUAUAUUCAGAUACCAGGAGGAGAAAUGUUCCAUCUCAUGUCCAGCAGACAGACGUGGGACAAAAUAAAAGCCUCUAAACUAAUAGAUUUAUGUCUAAAUGAGACAAUUUCACCCCAAAUGAAGACAACAAGCUUCCACAUCGCAACUAUACAGAGUAAGUCCAGAACUAUGAAAACUAGACCUGCUGUUUAACAGACUUGCAAUAAAAGCUUCUGGUUUACGGAAUAAAAGCAUCAUUAACUGAUCAAUGUGAGGUUGUACAUUAAGUAAAUAUCAGCUGUUGUUGGAUGUUUGCUGUCAUCUUAUACAGUCUGUAAAUAUAUAACUUAUGUUUAAUAAAAAGAAAUUUGAUUUUAAA